CGAAAGGCAUGGCCCUGCCAGAGAAAUAUUCGCAGGACUGCCUUUUCCGGUUUAUCACAGAACGUGGAAUAAGACCAGCUUGGAUCUCUGGCAGAUGGACCGUUAACUUUCAAACUUACGGUCAUACAGUGGGUCACCUUGGUUUACUGUCGAGAGCAACACUGGCUGUUGAACCUGUUUCCGUCAUCUGUGUAAAACGACGAGCAAUGGUGCACAGGUGUCGUAAUUAUGACUUUUACCAUGUCGUGAAUGCAAGAUCUAAAUACCGUGAUGAUGCCAAGAAACGAUGUGAAGACACACAGAUGUCCCUUCCAAAGUCGAGGUCAGACGAAUGUCUUGGUUCAUUCCUGCGCAUACUGGCCAUAUCGCAUGUAAAUAAUGUUUGGAUUCAAGGAGUUGGUAACCAAUAUUAUAGCAAUCCGCUGGUCAUCAUCUGUGUUAAAGGUUUGUACUGCGAUGUACCGGCUAUUGCUGAUGGAAAAGCCGACAAGAAGUCGGUCCGAGUUACGCAAGAUGUUAGUUAUUCCUGCAACAGCGGCCACCCGCUAGUGGGGAAGUCGACGGCAACUUGCCAAGCAGAUGGAACGCUCACUUCCGUACCUUUCUGCGAUGCCGUGGUUCCUCCAACAACUACUCCCACCACCCCACCAACGACUACUCCAACCACCACACCAACAACCACCCCAGCAACAACCACCCCAGCAACAACCACCCCAACCACCACACCAACAACUACUCCAACCACCACCCCAGCAACCACCACCCCAGCAACCACCACCCCAGCAACAACCACCCCAGCAACAACCACCCCAGCAACAACCACCCCAGCAACAACCACCCCAGCAACCACCACCCCAGCAACCACCACCCCAGCAACCACCACCCCAGCAACAACCACCCCGGUAACAACCAUCCCAGCAACCACCACCCUAGCAACCACCACCCCAGCAACCACCACCCCAGCAACCACCACCCCAGCAACCACCACCCCAGCAACAACCACCCCAGCAACCACCACCCCAGCAACAACCAACCCAGCAACCACCACCCCAGCAACCACCACCCCAGCAACCACCGCCCCAUCAACAACCACCCCAGCAACAACCACCCCAGCAACAACCACCCCAGCGACAACCGAAGCUCCAAGCACUCAAACCACCCCAGCAACAACUACUCCAGCCACCACACCGCAAACGAUUCCAAACAGUACUCCAGCCGCCACAUCGAACGACACCCAAACUCCCAACCCAAGCGAUUCAACAAUGCAGCGCCGGAUUGAGCCAUCCAUCACGCAAGCAAAUUCUCCACCCACUACAUCCCAGGAGAAUGGAACCAACCUUGGAUCUGACCACAGGACAGGUUCCAUUGACAGGAGAUACAACGACAGCUUGCCGACGACUGGUCUGCCUAACAGCACGACAAGAGCCAGCUUCCUUCUGUUCAACAAAGGCGACCCCACCGGUGCCAGCCCCAGCAAGGGACACAGCAAUUACCUGUGGCUGAUAGCGGUGUUUGCCGGCUGUCUUCUGUUUGCACUUGCCAUUGCCAUUAUUCUGGUGUUCCGCCGCAACCGUUCCAUACUGUUUCCUCAGUCGCUGCGUAACGUCAAGCCACCGCAAACCCUGCGCAGUCAGACGGUGACCGAUGACUCGUCGCUCCUAUACAGCGGACGAGAAAGCCACCGGGGUUCGUUCAUCGAGGAGAACCUCAGCCAUCCAAACAGUGGCGAAGUCGAUGCCUGGAAUCAGUCACUAGCUCAGGACAACACUGCAUACGCGGUGGCGUACAAGAAGAAUCGAAUGCACAGCGUCGACUCGUCGCAUCCAUUCUAUGAGGCCGAGGACUGCGGCGGCGUCAGGUUCUUCCCAUCCUCGGUUGCUCACUGUGGCAGCUCGUCCACCCUGAACACUCUGCAGACAGGAGAGGAUGUGUACACAGUGGCGGCGAACACCGACCCAGGCAUGGGUUCUCUGAAUCCACCACGCCUGUCCAUGGUGAAGGGCAGCACCAGCACAGACAGAUCCGCCAGCAGCAGUAGCGACAACACCGGUGGUGUCGACGAGAACUGCGACGCUAUCUACUCCACCACUACCGCCAGUGAGGCAUUUCCUAGGAAGCACAGCAGCUGCAGCAGCAGCAGCAGGCGGGCAAGAACUGCCACUGCCAAUGCCAACGCGUACGCAACUGGACGUACGGAUGUGAACACGAACACGCACCAAGAGCGCGUGUACGCUCUAGGUGGUGCGGCCGGCGAGAUGCUCAACUUUGACCUAGUCACCAACAAUGAGCACUUUGCAGAUCGCGGCGGUCGCAUGAUAAACGACGCAAACGGCCGAGAAGGUAAAUAUUUCCACUACGCUCAGGGAGAAUCCGCUCAUCCGGACCUGCUCCACUCCACCGCCUAUGCCAACAGCUUUCAAGCCGCCCGACAUGCCAGCGGGUCAUCAUCGGCGGAAGCUGCGCGCCAGUCUGAAGACUUAAUGGAAGACGAUCAGGACUUGCAGCAAGUUGAGUAUGCCAGCAGUAUGGCAUGGCAGAACCUGGCAGUGGACUGUGUGGACAAGGACAAUAACGAGCCCACGACAUUCGCAGGCCAAAACGACGGCAAUGCACGGUGCAAUCGCAGUCUGACUGCCGACGGAGACUCUCUUACGGCCAUCAAUGCAGUGUCGGGUGGCAGUCAACGCACAUCCUCGCUGAGUAGCCUGGCAAAGAAGCUGUGGUCGCGCCAAUCGCCCCGUUCACCCAGCCACGGCCAGGAGGCAAACGAGCAGAACAACGAUACAAUUGACAGCGCGGUGGACGGAAGUGCCUGGGACCUAGGGGACCAAGGUGAUGACACGGCAGCGACUAGGGAGGCCAGAGCGAGAGCCGAAACCAGCCCUGAUGAUGGCGUGCCAGGGCUGUGCGCAAUUCUGGGCUCGUCACACACCAAUGUUGCCGACCAGUACAGCAAACUGAGAGUGUGGACUGCUUCGCCGGACGAUGAACACUAUCGAGCCAUUCCGAGGGGCAACGUUGGCUGGCAGGAUUCCAACGAGUCUGGCGGCCAUGACAGUACACCAUCCAAUCCCAGUAAUCUUACUGGUUUGGCGCUAGGAGAAAGCAGGCUCACGCAAGACAUGGCCAGUGGACAGGGACUCUACGACUCUGUUUCGUUCGACCCUUCGCCGUUCGCCUCGCCCAAGGCUGGAGACCAGCUUCUGUCAGAGUCCGAAGAUAGCUCCUACCUCACACUGGACAGCGCUAGCAAGAAGACGAGCAACUACUCUCAUCUCCCGAGCAAGGCAAGCACGUCAGCUGCGGCGACUGUUGCUAGUGCCAGCUCACAUGCCACACACCAGGCUGAUAUGGUGAGCGGGUAUUCUAAACUGCCGGCAGCACCACGCCCCGCACCACGCAUUCGCAAGCCAGCGGGUCAAUCUGCUGUCAUGGUGCCAAUCCCGAGCACACGCAGCGAGUGUCUCGUGGAUGUGAACCAACCUCUGACUUCCUCUGGGUAUUGCAAGCCAUGUGAUAAACCCAACUGCCAGGAUAUGCCACAAUCUUCAACGCGGGUACUCCAUCAGGAGCUUGCCAAUGCAGGCGGACACACAUCAAUGCAGCAGAGUGCGAACACAUAUGCUGGAACCGCUGAUUCCAUGGCUAAGGGCGCGCACCAGUCAGACAUCAGCGCAGUGGACAUGGUCAGCGGCUUUGACGAUGAGGAAUUGUAUAUGGAUGGUGAAUUGACCCUGGGCGACGGUGGAGCACGCAGAGCAGUGAGCAGAUCCAGCAGAGAAUGCAACAAGACAGCGAGAGCACAGCAGAGCACAAACACCUACGUCGGAUCUGCUGACGGCAUGUCUAAACGUGGACCUCAGUCAGAAAUCAGCGUAGUGGAUCUAGUCAGUGGCUUUGCUAAUGAGGAUGAAGAUCUAUACAUGGACAGCGAAUUGACUUUGAACGAUAGCGGAAUACGCCGAACAGUGAGCAAAUCCAGCAGAGAAUGCAACAAGACAGCGAGAGCACAGCAGCAACCAGCCACAUCAAACACUCACCCGCAGUCUGGCCACACCCCAAACACUGAGCAAUCGAUUGGUGAGAACGCCGAGGAAUCCGAUUACAACUAUGUCGGCUUCGGCCAGCUGUCAGGAGUGAGGCACAACGCAUCAACGGCUGCUCUCCGUAAGAAUAGCAAAUCGGAAGUGAACCGUGGCCGAACCCAGACCGUCACCAAGUCCUCUUCCACAAUGGAUGGCAGCAGUCACGUCGCAACCACUGAUGGUAUACGUCAUGCCGAGGGCCAAUCAGAAAUCAGUGCAGUGGAUCUAGUCAGUGGCUUUGCGGAUGCAGAUGAGGAUCUCUACAUGGAUGCUGAAGUGAUCUUGAACAAUAGUGGAAUGCGCAGAACUGGGAGAAGCUCCAGUAAAGAGUGCAACAAGGCAGCGAGAGCGCAGCAGCAGCAAUUAGCCACAUCAAACACUCACCCGCAGUCUGGCCAUACCCCACACACUGAGCAAUCGAUUGGCGAGAACGCCGAGGAAUCCGAUUACAACUAUGUCGGCUUCGGCCAGCUGUCUGGAGUGAGGCACAACGCAUCAACGGCUGCUCUCCGUAAGAAUAGCAAAUCAGAGGUGAACCGUGGCCGAACCCAGACCGUCACCAAGUCCUCUUCCACAUUGAAUGGCAGCAGCCACGUCGCAACCACUGAUGGUAUUCGUCAUGCCGAGGGCCAAUCAGAAAUCAGUGCAGUGGAUCUAGUCAGUGGCUUUGCGGAUGCAGAUGAGGAUCUCUACAUGGAUGCUGAAGUGAUCUUGAACAACAGUGGAAUGCGCAGAACUGGGAGAAGCUCCAGUAAAGAGUGCAAAAAGACAGCGAGAGCGCAGCAGCAGCAACUAGCCACAUCAAACACUCACCCGCAGUCUGGCCUUACCCCAAACACUGAGCAAUCGAUUGGCGAGAACGCCGAGGAAUCCGAUUACAACUACGUCGGCUUCGAGCAGCUGUCUGGAGGGUGG